CCUAUAAUGGCGGCCGGGCGGCGGGAGCGCGGCGGCGGCGGCGGCGCGGAGAGCCUUUGAUCUUGAAGAUGGUGAGUAGCCAGCCUAAGUACGAUCUAAUACGGGAGGUUGGCCGUGGCAGUUAUGGUGUGGUGUACGAAGCAGUCGUCAGGAAGACCUCUGCACGGGUUGCGGUGAAAAAGAUUCGGUGCCAUGCUCCAGAGAAUGUGGAACUAGCUCUGCGUGAGUUCUGGGCACUUAGCAGUAUCAAGAGCCAGCAUCCCAACGUCAUUCAUCUGGAGGAGUGCAUCUUGCAGAAAGAUGGUAUGGUGCAGAAGAUGUCCCAUGGCUCCAGUUCCUCCCUUUAUUUACAGCUUGUAGAGACCUCAUUAAAAGGAGAAAUAGUCUUUGACCCCAGAAGCGCUUACUACCUUUGGUUUGUAAUGGAUUUCUGUGACGGAGGAGAUAUGAAUGAGUAUCUGUUGUCCCGAAAGCCUAACCGCAAGACCAACACCAGUUUCAUGCUUCAACUCAGCAGUGCUCUGGCUUUCCUGCACAAAAAUCAGAUUAUUCAUCGUGAUCUCAAACCUGACAAUAUUCUGAUAUCUCAGAGCAGGAUGGAUGCUAGUGACUUGGAACCUACCCUGAAAGUAGCUGAUUUUGGGCUAAGUAAGGUAUGUUCCGCUUCAGGACAGAAUCCCGAAGAACCAGUCAAUGUAAAUAAGUGUUUUCUAUCUACUGCGUGUGGGACUGACUUCUAUAUGGCCCCUGAAGUCUGGGAAGGACACUACACUGCCAAAGCAGACAUCUUUGCCUUGGGGAUUAUAAUUUGGGCAAUGUUGGAGAGAAUCACGUUCAUAGAUACGGAAACAAAGAAAGAACUUCUGGGGAGUUAUGUCAAGCAGGGGACAGAAAUUGUGCCUGUUGGGGAGGCACUUUUAGAAAAUCCUAAAAUGGAACUGCUCAUCCCUGUAAAGAAAAAAUCUAUGAAUGCUCGAAUGAAACAGCUGAUCAAGGAAAUGCUGGCUGCUAAUCCACAAGACCGUCCCGAUGCUUUUGAACUAGAACUUCGAUUAGUCAACAUAGCUUUUAAAGACAGCAGCUGGGACACGUGACCUAUAGAGCAGCUAAUCUCUUGAAAGAGCUGCUUUUGAUCUAACUGAUGAUGCAACGUUAUGGCAGUAAAAGAAAUAAGCCUGAGCUCAAACCUUCAGGGUUUGUUUUUUAUCAGCAGAAUUUCUUUUGCGCUUCUUAAAUUAUGUGAACUUCAGUUGGCCACUGUUAAAGAUGCAUUUAAAUGUGUAAUACCAGGAUGUUAUACACAAGUGUAAGAUGUGAAGAUGUUUGUUCAUGUAAGUUGGCAGCAGAAUGUUGUAAGAUCUGGGACUUGAUUUCCAGUGGUAUGUCAUGGAGUAUUUUAUACAUUCCAGUUUCCUAUAUCAGUAUUAGGAACUCUCAUGGAAAAAGAUUUGCAUGCUGGUAGUGCAAAUCUUUGGGUUUUGUAAAAUAAUUCUGUGUAUGUAUUUAUGUACAUGUGAGUGACUGGGAGUGUAUGCCUGUGUUGCAUUCCACAGAAAAAUGCCACUACUUAGAAUUAUUUGCUCUGGGUCUGAAUGAUUAGGAUCUGCCAGAAAACUAGGUGAGGAAGAUCGAUGAGAAGCAUUCCUUCUCGAAAACUGAGUAACUUUAUUAUUUAUUUUUAUUAUCUAAUAUUAAAGAUGGGGUCUAAGACUUGACUUUGUAGACAAAAAGAAAAAACGCAAUGCAAAGGGAUCAGCAGUUUCAAAAGUGCUGAGAUGGUUGAGCUUAGCACUUACUGUUUAAUGAGCUUAUCACUGAGGGAGUCAAAUUACAAAUGUAUGCAAUCAUGUGCUAACAUGUUGGUUAGGUCAUUAAUAAUUCAAUUUUGCUUUCUUCUAGUAAAAAAGCACUUACUAAUCAAUUAACUUACAGUUUCAUAACCUGCCUUCUGCACUGGCAUCUAUAAUCCAGUAGCAACUUGAAUGCUCACAGUAGGAGAAUUUUGUGAGCUUAGCUUAUAAAAAAUGUAGACACUUUGUGAGGGAAUCUGGCAGCUUAAAACAUUAUUUUAAGACUCUUCAAAAUAUGACUACAAGACAGCUUUUUCUGUUAACUGGAUCUAACCAGUGUGUUGGUCACGGUCUCUUCCUUACUUCUACUCUGGUAGCAGUGAGGUGAUGAAGGGAUGAUUGUUUGUCAUGUUAGACACAUCUAUUUUCAAAUAGGAGAGAAAUGCUUAGUAGUCAGUAUAUGAAAAGGUGUUUUAGUUUUGUGCACUAACCUUGGCCAAUAUUUGGAUUUGUUUUCCUCCUUUUUUUUAAGAAAGGGUAAUAUUUAUUUAAAAACAUGGAUGGUAAGAUGAAAAGCUUUGAAGUUGUUGAGCUUACCCCCAGCUCUUAUUCCACAGAAACAGAUUCAUGUGCUAAGAGUUUUCAUUAAGGUUACCUAGUACUGUAGGGUUGACAAAAGCUUCCUUGUAAUAGUAUACCAAGUGCUUUUUUUCUUUCGAGUGCAGGAAUGUGACCUUUUUCAUCCAUCUGACCUUUUUGGAAAAAGCAGACAAUUAAAAAAGUAGCCUUUAAAAGGCAGAUACAUUAAAACUGCAACAAAACCAUCUUUUGAAAUAAUCGAGUUACUAUUUUUUUCCUUCAAUCUUACCUGAAAACUGCCUUAAAAAUAAUCCCACAUGGAAUUUGCUCCUCAGACACUGUUUUCCCUUGCUUCCAUGAGAAUCCCAGGGAGCGAUUCUGAUCGGUCAGUGCAUAUGCUGCCCAGAGUCUGAAUUAACAGCACAGACAAAAGGAAAAUGUAAUUUUUGUUCUUCCAGGAGUAAAGGAAGGGUUCUCAUAGCAUAGUUAGUGAUUCUACCAAACUUCUAAUACUUCAGACUACUGCUGAUACUGUGCAGUCUAGCAGUUACUCAAGGGUCCAUGGUCCUGUGUUUCUGCUAUUUUGCUCCACUUUAUCAUUUAAUGCAAGUUACCUAAAUGUGAUUUUUCAUUAUUAUUAUUUAGAAAAUAUACCUUCCGAUCUCAAGGCAAAACAAUAUUAGUUCUUUCGAAGAUACUAUAGAAGCAUAAAGUAAUUAUUGGACGAUGAUGAUGUGUCGUACUGAGGUAUUACUGAACGCAGCCAAGAAGAGCUUCGCUCCGGCGUAGAUCAGCGUGGCCUGCGGUGGUGGAGGAUGCAGACUGGUGCCUGUGUAGGUUUCCCAGUGUGUUGCUGCUUCCCUGCAGGGAGUUUAGCCUAUAAAAGCAGAGUUAGAGCCUACAUAUGAAUAAUGAUAAGGAGAGAUCUGUUUAUUCUUCUGUUCUAAAAGUGGAGAUCUGUUUGUUCUUGCGUUUUAACUGAAUUCAGUACAAUGGAAGUUUUGGCUUCUUACUGAAAGGAGGAAAACAAACCUCUUGUCAUCUGUGCCAACACUUGGGCUUCACAACACUUACGUUCUGCACGGUGAGUAAGUGAGGGUCGUGUAAAGCUUUAAGAGGAAAUAAUCUUUCAUCUUCAGGUUUUUUAAAAAUACAUAACUAACUUCCUUUUCUCUCCUGUCCACUAAAAAGCCAGAAAUAACUCUACUGUCUUAAAAUACUAAUCUACUAUGGAAUUACAGCACUUACAUUUAAAGCUCUUUCCAAACCAUUUGAUCAUCCUCUGUAGUAUUUUCAAAGGACAAGCACUGAAUGCUUGGCCUACCUGCAGCGUGGAAAUUCGGGAUAAGAAACUGCACAGUGAAGUUCUUGACUCCCAAAGUGUUUCUUUGCACUGAUUGCCACUUUAAAGGGGGUUCCUGAAAUCCCUCUCAUGGUGCUUAGCCUUGAUGUUGGGUGAAGCUGAAUGUUUUCUUGGUUAACACUGAAUGAUAGUCCUUGAGGUCUGUGUUCUGUUUGAUUUGUCUUUGUUUUCUGUUGUGUCUGAGGUCUUUGGUCUUUGUUUUAAAACUUCUGAAAUCAAACUGUUGUAGCAGCUACAGAAUUCACCAGCAUGACACAAAAGUCAAGAUGCCCCUCAGCACUCAAAGACUUUAAAAACUUUCUUUAAAGUUGUAAAAUAUAUUUUAUGAAGAAUUUAUAAUGGGAGAAAUUAUUGUGUAAUUUAUUAAGUU